AUGUUCGACGCGGAGACGGGACGGAUGCUGGCGAAAAUGAUGGGACACGGCGCGAGCGUGAAAGCCGUGGCGACGGCGCCGACGCAGCGGGAGGUGUUCGCGAGCGGAGGACGGGACGGGCGGUUGAUUCUGAGCGACGCGCGGACGAGGCGGGGCGCGGCGAACGAGGCGGAGGACGCGGACGCGGGCGAAGUGACGCCGACGCGGACGGUGCGACGGGCGCACAGGGCGCCGGGGGCGGGGACGCGGGCGAGCGCGGCGCUGCACAGCGUCACGUCGGUGGCGUUCGAUGGGUCGGGGAGCGUCGUGCUGAGCUCGGGAGGGUCGGACGGGUUGGUGAAAAUGUGGGACGCGCGGAAGAUGAAGGGCGCGAUAGGAGUUUUAGAGGACGAGCGCGAGGACGCGUUCGUGCGAGGUUCGUUCUACGAUGUCGGAUUGGGCGCGCGGUUCGGCGGUGAGGGCGCGCGCGCGACGCGGGCGUCGCGAGGGAUCUCCGGGAUCGCCGUCGAUCCGACGUCGUCGCGCGUCGUCGUUUCGUAUCUCGACGACCACAUGGCGAUGUUUGACGCGAACGAUCCGCGAGGGAAGCCGCUGCGACACUUCGUCGGUCACAGGUCGAGAUCGUAUUACAUCAAGCCGACGUUUUCGCCCGACGGCGAUCGCGUCGCGUGCGGCUCGCUGGACAACGACGUGCACGUGUGGGACGUCCGCGACGCGAGCGCGCCGUCCGUCGCGCUCGAUGGUCACACCGCGAGCGUGAGCUGCGUGCACUGGUCGCCGACGGAUCCUCACGCCCUUGCGUCGUGUUGCGACGACGGCGAAAUCAGACUGUGGCGCUUUGACGGCGCGCGAAAGCCCAGCGUCCGCGCUCGCGUCGACUCGCGAGCCAAGCGCCCGGCGCCGCCGUUGCACCCGAACAUCCUCCGCGCCCUCGGGCGCGCGCCCACCUUCGACGACUCCGCCUCGGCGGACCACGACAUCGCCAUCCCCGGCGCCUUCGCGCCCGCGUCUCCGUCGGCGCCGACGCGCGUCCUCGCCGCCGACGUCCCGCCCGCGAAGCGUCGCGAGCGCGUCGAGCCAUCGCCGCGCCGCCCGUUUCGCGACGUCGCCAACGUCCGCGGCCGACGCGCGCUUUCCUAG